AAUGGUCUUUUAUAUAUUUAUGUUUAUAUUACCAAAAGUUAAAACAUAUCCAAUUGAAGCAAAAAUUUAUUUUUCAAAUGAUACUCUUGAACAUCAAUUAGAUUUUUGUGCUUCACAAGAAGUUGCGACAGCCUGUUCAUCUCGAAGUAAUUGUGGAUGUUCAUAUUUGGCAAAUUGUCCGACCCAAACUACAGAAAAAACCUGUAAAUUUUGAAUUUAAAAUGAAUAACAAAGUACAUGUACAAAAACAAGUGCUAAAUCAACCAAAUGCAUGUGGUGUAUCCUAUAGAGUACCAAUUGAGGAUGAACUACGAAACAUAAUAAAAACACAGGAUUUAUUUCUCGAUAUGAUGUCUUUAUCCAACUCUGUAGUUGAAUCUCAUUGUACAAUUAAAUGUAGUGUAGAACAUUUUUGUUAUGGUCAACGUUAUCCAAAACAAUUGUUGUUCAUUCUUCUCUAUUCAUUGACAUUUUUAAUUGGUACAGGUCUAUUAUCGAAUGCGAUUACACUUGGAGCAUCUAUUGGUUUUGCCGCUCUUCCUCGUCCAGAUAUGUUCGGUCAUCAACGAGUAGCUGGAACCAUUGGUUUUGGUAUAUCAGCAUUUUUAGCUAGUCGUUUAUUUAAAAUUUUUAAAACAGAAUUUGUUUAUUUAUUUUUAUUUAUAUUCAGUUCUACACUAUGUAUUAUAACUACAUCAUUUAUUCGUAUUAAUUAUAAACGAAAACAAAUAUCUGACAAAAAUGAAAUUAAAAUUGAAGAAGAAAUGCAAACAAUACCAUUACCUGCCGAUGAUUAUAUAGUAAAUAAUACGAUAAAAAAUGAAAAUAAAAAAUCAUUGAGACCAGCAGCAUUUAAUCUUGGAGCAUUAUUACCAUUAUUAAAAAAAAUUGAUGUACUCGUUUUUCUACUAUUAACAUUUGUUUGGGGAAUGUCUUAUGCUGUUAUGGAUCCCUAUUUAUAUUUAUUUGUUGAUGAAAUAGCACCGUGUUCAAGUCAUACUAUUAUUGGUUGGAUGUCAUUAAUUUCAUCAGCUAGUGAAGUUUGUGCACUAUUUUCAGCUGGCUAUAUUUUAGAAAAAUUAGGUACAAAUUUUUCAGCAGUUAUUAUUUUAUUAGCAUUUGGUGUUCGAUUUGCCGGUUAUUUUUUUAUUCAACAUCCAAUUUACUAUUUACCAAUGGAAACUAUGCAUUUUUUUAAUUUUGGAAUAUUAUACGUUCUAAUGUCAAAAGAAGCCGAUGCUAUUGCUCCUCCUGGUCUAGCGAGUACACUACAAGGUAUUGCUUAUGGUUUAUCAUUUGGAUUAGGUCGUGGUAUUGGCCUAUUAAUAUCGUCAUUUAUUUAUACAUUAAUUUACGCUCGUUCAUUAUUUCUAAUAUUUUCUAUUUUUAAUUUUGUUUGUGCAAUCUUAUAUUCUAUAUAUUCUAUACUACGAAAACGUACAAAAGUACGACGAUUAACAGCAAAAGAAACAGUAAAUAAUCAAUCAAAAAUUAUUUUUGAUCAAGGUAAGACAAACAUAAUUUACAAUUUCAGCUUUCAACACAUAGUUAACAAGAUCUAUGAUUGAAUGUUAUCUUGAAUUACAUUAUAUGGGAACGAAAUGUAAUUGUUGAAUGAAAAGUAAUUGAUGGGGACGAAAAUGUGCUGAUUGUUAAACCGUACCUCUGUCUGUUUGCUAGAAAUGAGUUCUGUUUGAGUCUCUAGUGACUAAGAAGUGGUUGUAAAAUUAAAUUAAAUUAUUGAAAGCCCCUUUUCUCCUCUUCUGCUUCGUAGAAAUUAUCUGUAAUGGACAAGUUUUUUUCCAGAGUUGAUCGAGUACACGAUUAGAGACCUGCACGGGUUAAGAACACCUAACCCGAACCUGACCCGACUGCCAAAAUGUCGACCCGCACCCAACCCGACCCGACAACAACUUAACCCGAACCCGACCCGAUCCGAUGAAAACAAUCUCACCAGAAAACUGUGUUUGAGAAAGAAUAUAGACUUGCCUUGUUAGACAAAAGUUUUUCGGUGCAUAUUGUAGAAUCUCGUAGUUCAAAAAAAAAAAUUUUUGAACGACGUCUGAUUGGUCAUUUUGUCUAAAAGGUUAAUCUAUUAAAAAUUUCUCAGUACACUUUGUCAAUAGAUUAUCUUAACCGAGAUGAUGACCACAUCCUUUUUCUCAUUG